UGCGUGUGGGGAGAGGGAAGAGCGGGAGGCGUGUGACGUCGCCUCGCCGUCAAGCCAGGAGUUUGUUGCCGCUGCCGCCGCCGCCGCCGCCGCCUCCUUCCCUCGCGUAGCUGCGCAGCGGCCUCCGGGCGAGAUGGAGAGCGCCAGCCAGGAUAUCAACCUUAACUCUCCCAACAAAGGUCUGUUGUCGGAUACUAUGACAGAUGUGCCUGUGGAUAACACGAGUGCCGCCGCCACCGCUGCUCCUCCUGCAAGGGCCUCGGCCUACAAUGGGCUCACAGAAGCGGAGGAAGAGGAGCUAAGGGCCGAGCUGGUCAAGGUGGAAGAGGAGAUAGGCACCCUGCGCCAGGUAUUGGCUGCCAAAGAGAGACACUGCGGGGAGCUGAAGAGAAAGCUGGGCCUGACCCCCUUGGAUGGCCUGAAGCAAAACCUCUCAAAGAGCUGGCAUGAUGUCCAGGUCUCCACUGCUUAUAUGAAAACCUCUGAGAAACUUGGAGAGUGGAAUGAGAAACUGACCCGAUCGGACCUAUAUGUUUCGGCCAGCAGCACCCUGGAGGACUGGAAUGAGAAAUUAACCCAAUCAGAAGCCUACAAGAAGACGCAGGAAACUCUCUCGCAGGCAGGGCAGAAGACUUCGGCUGCCCUUUCCAACGUGGGUUCUGUGAUCAGCCGGAAGCUUGGAGACAUGAGGGCCCACCCCUUCUCGCAUUCCUUUAGCAGCUACUCCAUUCGUCACUCAAUAAGUAUGCCAGCUAUGAGAAAUUCUGCAACCUUCAAGUCUUUUGAAGACCGCGUUGGAACCAUAAAGUCCAAAGUUGUGGGCGGCAAAGACAACGGCACUGAUGAGCUCCACUCCCCAUCAGCAUCUGGCGACAAGCCCACCCAAGACAACGCGCCUUUCUAAGUCUACAUCCGUGGUGCAUGACUGCCAGAGCCUCGCCCCUUGUUCUUCCCAACAUGCAAGACUAAAGGAAAAGGGUCCCGGGCCGCAGGUCCCACUCUGACGAGAGAGAUCCAUACAUCAUAUAUGUAGACGUUCUUUUGCUGCUGGAUUCUUCAGGUCCAAUAAAGUGAACACACAGUUUUUUGUACACUUAUAUAUUUUACACUAAAAA